CCUUUAGCAUCGUAUGCAACUGGCCUGGCCCAGGAGUCUGGAAGCGGAGGGAAUCUUUGGGACGGCUAUAAAGUGAGUAGGCUGGUGUUCCACUUCGUCCUAUCCUGGUGAUGUUGGCUGGGACAAGGUAGCCCGGCCCAGGGGAGAGGUCUGAUGAUAGCUGACUGCGACGAAUGCCAAAACUGAAUGCCGGUGCUUUUAGUUUCCUCGGAUCAUGAAAAUCAUUUCCUUUUUUUUUUUUAAAGAAAAAUGAAGAAAAAGCACAACAGCAAUCACGUAAAGCUUGAAAGGUAAAUUAGCGAUUCAUGUGCAAUAGUCCAAAAUCACUGCAGGGAUUUGUCUCAUUUACUAACCCAUCAAUUUUAAAGUAAUUUCAUUAUUUUCUGUAUUGUUUUCUUGUUGCAGGGAGCCAUAAAGUGGACCAUAUAGUUGCCUGGGAUCCCAAUGCCAUCGCAAUGCGGAAUAUUGUCAGUCAACUAAAAGGAUACGAUGCUAAAGGGUUUUGUUUAACAGCUCAUUGAUGGAAAUGACAAAAACAGAAACUGUCGCCCGUGAAUCCUGAUUGGCCAGAGUAGACUGGAUAAAUAGCGGUAUCCAGGUGGAUUCGGGACUGUCGUCUGUACACUGUGACUUUCGGUUUCUACUGUAAGAAACGCGCAGCAGGGGGUGGUAGGAACCAGGGCAGGAUUGAAGCAGGGACCCUGAGGGUUGGUGAGGAGGUGGUCCGGGAGCCGGCUUGGCGUGGCGCUGGAAGGGAUUCCUUUGGCUCCGGCCGCGGAACUGGACUGGGGACUGGGAGGCUGGCGAAGGAUCGGCUGGACCGGAAGGUUGGAGCUGGGGAGGUAAACCGGGGAGAAAGAGAGAACACGAAACGAGACGCGAUUAAGAUAAACACGAAAGACUCGACAAACAGGGCAGCACUGAAACAAAGUGCAUGAAACAAAAACUAAAAGUGACUAGGAGAACUGUUCUAUCUAAAGGAAACAAGGAAGGCACUGAGAAUCGGGUGUAGCCUCUGUAGUUCUGUCUUCUGUGGACAGUACAUACUGACAGAGCAACGCCAGCUUCCUGGAGAGUAUUUCUGAUCUGUCUGACAGGUGUUUGGAGGUUUUUCCUCAAUAUGUGGAUUGGCACAACUCUGGUCCUCAUGUUGGCAAACGCCAAUAACAUACUCCAAAGGCGAUCAAAGGCCUAGAACUACUGGAUACUAAAGGCUCUCUUAUAUCUGCAUUAAGAAGACAACUGAAUGCAUCUCACUCUUCCAGAAACGCCCGUGAAGCCAUUUGUCCCAAACAUUAUGGUGCCCUGAAAUGAGGGGCUGUGUAUUAAAAGUUCUGUCAUUUCUACACGGUGAAACCAAGGUCUAAAUCAAAUGGAGAAUCAUAUGGAGAACGCGGUUAGCUUCCCCGAGCUGAUCCGGAAGAAGAGGGAUGGGGAACAGUUCACCUCGGAGGAGAUUCGAGCGUUCGUGCUGGCCGUCAAAAACAGGACAAUUCAAGAAGCCCAGAUAGGGGCCAUGCUGAUGGCGAUUUGGCAGAAGGGCAUGGUUGCCGAGGAGACGCUGGCACUGACGCGCGAGAUGAUGCUGUCCGGAGAGGUGCUCGCCUGGCCGGCGGAGUGGGCGGGGCUCGUGAUGGACAAGCAUUCCACGGGUGGGGUGGGAGACAAGGUCAGCCUACCCCUGGCCCCGGCGCUAGCGGCCUGCGGCUGUAAGGUGCCCAUGAUCAGUGGCAGAGCCUUGGCUCACACAGGUGGAACACUGGACAAGCUGGAGUCCAUUCCGGGGUUCAGCAUCGAUCAGUCCGUUGGCCAGAUGAAGAAGAUUUUAGAGGAAGUCGGCUGUUGCAUUGUGGGUCAGACGGAGAACCUGGUCCCGGCCGACAAGGUGCUGUACGCCAUUAGGGAUGCCACCGCCACUGUGGACAGCAUGCCACUCGUUACAGCGUCGAUUAUCUCAAAGAAAGGGGCUGAGUCUCUGUGCGCCCUGAUUCUGGACGUGAAGUACGGGAAGGCCGCUGUGUUCAAGGACAUCGCCAGCGCCAGGAAGAUGGCGCAGUCCCUGGUGGCAGUGGGGAACAAACUGGGCGUCCGCACUGGAGCCGCCCUCAGCAGGAUGGACAACCCCAUCGGGCUGUGCAUCGGAAACUCCCUGGAGGUGCUGGAGUCCCUGGAGUGCCUGAAGGGCCGUGGACCUCCUGACCUGCAGGGGCUGGUCACCUGUCUGGGAGGACGCCUGCUGUGGAUUAGUGGGAAGGCUCCCACCCCAGAGAGCGGGGAGCAGGAGAUCGGCCGGGCCUUGGCGGACGGGACGGCCUUGCGCAAGUUCCAGGCCAUGCUGCAGGCCCAGGGGGUGUCUGCAGAGAACGCCCGCAUCCUGUGCUCCACGGACGCGGACUACUUCCGAGUCUUGAGACGGGCCAAAUCGGAGGUGGAGCUAGAAGCACAGGCGGAAGGUACAGUUUUAGAGGUAAAUGCCAUUAUAAUCGCCGAAGUGCUUCACAAGUUGGGGGCAGGGCGCACAAAGGCAGGAGAGCCAAUCAAUCACAGUGUCGGGGCGGAGCUUCUGGUCACCGCGGGGAUGAAGGUAAAGAAAGGUGACCGCUGGGCCAGGGUCCACUUCGACAGCCGGCCGUUCGGUCCGGAGCUCCAGGCCCGCUUCCAGAAGGCGCUGGUGAUCGGGAGCUUGGACUGUGACCGUGCCCAGGACACCCCUCUAGUCUCUGAGUUCAUCCCUCCGGAAUGACGCUCCUGGUCUGGUGUGGAACAGCCGCCGUCCUCUCUCUCUGCCGUGGGACAAUCAAACCAAGGCCUCAAUGCAACGAAAAUCGCAAACCAAUAAUCUGUAAUCUGUAAUCUGACAGCUAAUUAAAUGGAUAUUCACUGACAGUCGCUGCUAGUAUUUUGACUAAGUACUGGAAAGCCAAUGAGAAUCAGUUAAUAUGAUGUUCACCCAUUCACUGUUUGGGAUGAAAGUGACUGCUCUUGUCCCAGGAGCACAUUUGAUGUGGUGGGUUACCUAGUGAGCAAAACCUGGACUUUAGACAUGUACAUAGAGGGUGCAUAAAAUCUAGGUUGAGAGACCUUUUUGAUGUGAACAGACUAGGUUAACACCAGCAUAGCUCAGGCUCUACCUGGAUAUAGCCUGACUAUGUCCUAGUUAGCUAGAAAACCACCCCCUCCCCCACCCCCCACAAGAAAAUUCAAGCCAAAGCAAGCGAAAGGUAGCAGUGACAAGGAAAGCCCUCCUCAAUCGGCUAAUCGGAAGCAGCCUUGAAAGGAAAUAUGCUUGACAGGGGGAGCCCAUCCUUCUCCGUGGCCCGCUGUGGGUGUGGCUUCGUAGUGACCAAUAAGCAAUCAGGUUUCCGAAUUGAAUUUCGUUGCCAGGCUGAUUGAAAGCGGGCGCAUGGAGGUGACAGUUCCUGAAUAGCGUGGUGGGGGUGGGAUAGACGAGCAGGGGGCCAGGGGAGCCGGAAGGUUCCGGAGAUGGAAAACAUCCCAGUGGUGGGAGAGGGAGAUGAGAAAAGAAAGGGGCAAUUAGGGGGAAAACCCCACGGGUAGCAACAGGGACACGGGUUAAAGAUUUGACCCGGCCCACCACGGUUUUCUACAGCAGUGCAACUGUUGGGACAAGAGAAUGUGUGCGUGUAGUCAUGCGAAUGGGGCAAUAAACAUCCCCCUCCAACCCAAGAACCUGCCUGGAAAAAAUGGGGCUUAGGCUGUCGAGAGGUGGUAGUUAAGAUUCUGUACGGCCACAGGCUUCUCCAGCUCCGUAUCCUGACGUCAACUGAUUAUAAGCCUGACUGGGAAGAUUUGUUGUCGACAUAAAUAUUGCUUGACUGUGUUCGACCCCCUUUGAUGCUUUGUUAGGUUGUUCCAGGGCUCUGUAGGAAAAUGUUCAUUGAUAUUCCCAGGAUUACUGGCCUCUAUCUUGAACACAAAGUGACCUUGUUGGCUGGUAAGGUGAAACCAUAUCUGACUGACACACCGGUGUAUCUAUUGUAAAGCUUUGGAAGGUCAAGGGCAGAACCUUAAAGGGAUAGUUAGUUCGCUUUCUGGAGUUUUUGUUUUAUGUUAGCAGAUUGUACAGUAAUGUUAUGCUUCCUGUUUACAUGUAAACACAUCAAUUGUACAGAAUUUAUUCACAGUUAAUUAAUUAAUUUCUUCUCUGUUCAAAAAUAAUGAAAGCUCUUCACUACA